AUGGCUUAUGCAACUAUUCAUGUUAACAUUUCUACAGAAGAAACAGUUGUUUGGAAUGUUAUACCAGGAGAAGAAUAUGAUGGAAACUCUGAUUCAAAACUUGAAUUAAACUGUCAAAAACAACCUCGCAAUAAUCUUCAUUGUACUUAUGAUGUUAUUUCUCGUCAUGAUAAUGCUAUUGUCGACGAUACAAAUCGACUACAAUAA